AAUUAUCAAAAACCAACAAAGAACUCCUUUCUUUUUUCUUUGGUUGGUGACAUAAAGUAUCUCUAUAAGAACAAAAUGGAGAUCAACCCUCCCCUCAAGCUGAAGAGAACCUUUCCUCCGUGGAAAAGAGAAGUUUCCACUCUGAGGAAUUGUUCUCAGGUUCAUUGACAAUCAGCUUCAUCAAAGGAGUGGAAUGUCUAUCUCUAAGGACUUGGAGGUGGGGCAAGGCCUCCAAUCUGAUCUAAAGCAACCCCUUAUUUCAAAGGGGAAGGAAGUCAUUUUGAGCACUGAUUCUUCUUCAAAUGGAAAAGAUGGAGGAUCAAUUUGGAUGGUUCUUCUCAGCACCUUUGUAGCGGUUGCCGGUUCAUUCGAAUUUGGUUGUGCUGUGGGUUUUUCGUCACCAACUCAGUCAUCCAUCAGGCAUGAACUCGGUCUUACGUUAGCGGAGUACUCUGUUUUUGGGUCCAUCUUGACCAUCGGUUCAAUGGUUGGUGCUGUAAUGAGUGGACGUGUUGCCGAUUCUAUAGGCCGGAAAGGGGCAAUGAGAAUAUCAGGUGGCUUCUGUAUGAUCGGAUGGCUUGCAAUAUAUUAUUCAAAGGCUGCAUGGUCUUUGGAUAUCGGAAGACUCUCAGUGGGAUAUGGAAUAGGCAUGCUUUCUUAUGUGGUUCCUGUGUACAUAGCAGAAAUAACACCCAAGAAUCUUAGAGGCGGUUUAACAACAGUGAACCAGUUGAUGAUAUGCAGUGGAGCUUCAACAGCAUUCAUAUUGGGAACGAUAUUGACCUGGCGUGUUUUGGCAUUAAUUGGGGUGCUUCCAUGCCUGAUAUUACUAUUUGGCCUCUCUCUGGUUCCAGAGUCUCCUAGAUGGCUGGCAAAAGUUGGUAGCCAUAAUGAGUUUGAAGUAGCACUACAAACACUGCGUGGAAAAGGUGCUGAUAUUUCAGAGGAGGCAGCCGAAAUCCAAGACUACAUUACAAUUAUUGAAGGUCUCCCUCAAGGCAAACUACAGGACUUGUUCCAAAGGAAAUAUACACAUCCCCUUAUUGUUGGAGUUGGCCUGAUUGCACUACAACAAUUUGGAGGAAUCAAUGGAAUUGCAUUCUAUGCCAGUGAAACUUUUGUAUCAGCAGGUUUCUCUUCAGGAGCUGUUGGGACUAUAGCCAUGGCCACUAUUCAGGUUCCAUUAACGGGGUUGGUUACGCUUUUGAUGGACAAGUUUGGAAGGAGACCACUUCUCAUGAUAUCUGCUUCCGGGACAUGUUUGGGCUCCCUUUUGGCUGCACUAUCCUUCGUAUUGCAGGAUCAGGAUAAUACAUUUGAAUUUGCACCAAUACUAGCCCUCACUGGUUUACUGGUGUAUAUAGCUGCAUUCUCAUUGGGCAUGGGUGCAAUACCCUGGGUCAUGAUGGCUGAGGUAUUCCCACUAAAUGUGAAGGGAACAGCAGGAAGCCUUGUGAGCCUGGUUCACUGGUUUGGUUCUUGGAUCAUGUCCUAUUCUUACAACUUCUUCAUGAGUUGGAGCAAAGCAGGGACAUUUUUCAUGUUCUCUGGGGUAUGUGGGGUUACCGUACUAUUUGUAGCAAAGUUGGUACCAGAAACAAAGGGAAGAACACUAGAAGAAAUACAAGCCUCCAUGGAACACUCUUCUCAUUCCUCUGCGAAAUUGGGCAUGCAAAAGUGAUUGCAUUCUUGUUUCAAGUAAUUGCAUUCUUGUUUCAAGUAAUUGCAUUGAUUGUUUUUUGAUAUGAGGAAUGAAUGACAUAGGGAAGGGACAGUGCUCUUGUUUUAAGAUUAAUUCAUUCAUUUUCCAUUCAUGUAA